AUGCCAAAACGGAAAUGGCAAAGCCAAAGCUGUCAGUUCUGCCACUGCCCUGGGCAUAACGUGCGAGCAUGCCCGAAGCUCGCCCAGAAAGUUUUCAAGGCAGUGCAGCGCAAGCACAGUGCUGACAAAGUGGCAGAUGCCGUGAGUCAGGGUGCCAGCUCUUUUGCUGUCUGCGGCAUCCAGGCGGCUUUGCAUGUAGAUGCCAUAGGCAAGGCUUGGACAGAGCUGAAACAGCGCGGGUUCGUGAAAAGUGGUGUGCGGGGAAGCAGGGCUAGCUUCCCUUGUCCUAACUGCCAGCACAGCUGUGUGUGCAGUGUGCCUCUGAAUGCCACGCAGGGGAGAUCUGCGGCAGAGAGACGCAAGCACACAGAGUGGCUGCAGAGAAAAGGAAGGCAGCUGAACACCGUAUGGUUUCGUGGCACAAAGUGCGGCAAUGCCAUCUCCUGCAUUCGCUUCACACACCUGCCACAAAUGAAAUAUAGCAUGCCUCUUCCGCAGAUAUUGGACUUCAUCAAAGAGUUUACCGAGCGCCCGGUGCCCAAUUUGCAGGACAUCUGCAAACGCGUGGGUGUCAGCCGUUCCUCUUCCUCCAGGAGCCUGUUUCAGUUUCUUCUGCAGAAAGAAGCGUUUGUGGGAUACCGCCUCAUGCAGAAAGUCCAGCUCAGUGGCAUCGUGGAAGCAGAUGGUACAGCCUUGAAGUUAUACAAACGGAGCGGCCAUAAUCAUUUCAUUGCCCUUUGGGGGCUUGUGGAAAGGCCACAGAACCAGAAGCCACCACGGAUGGUCGUGUACAUGAUGCCGGUGAAACAAGUUGCGCACAAUGCUGUCUGCCCCGUGGAAAGCAGGGCGGACGUCUUAAGCUGCAAAGGCCUGGAGCAUGUCGUGAGCGAAGAGACGGACAAGGGCAAGGUGACGUCCUUACUUGUGACCGACGGCGCACAGCUCUAUGCGCGCUUAGCCCGGGAGCAUGGACUGAAGCGUCGGUAUGUUGUCCACUCCAAGGGACAAUUUGCCGAGAAGCAGCGCAUCAGUGGCCGAGGCACGGUGAAUGUCAACACUGGCCUGAUUGACCAGCGCUGGUCUGCCAUCAAACAAUAUGUCCCGAAGAGCUUGAACGGCAGCAGCAAGCCAGGCAACACACCUGCAUUUUGCCCGCACCUGUGGGCGUAUGUGUACUCGUGGUGGUUUAGGGCACAUUUCCCCAGCGCAAAGCGCCGCGUGGACAUGCUUGCGAACGCAUUCCGGGAGAAAGCCUGA